GCGUAAUAGGCGCAGCUCAAAAAUGAACUCACUCCUGUCAUGUAUGAUCCUUUUAAUCCUCUUUAUCACUUCAUGGCGAAAUGAAAAGAGCGUCGUAGAAGGGAAGCUGAAGAAACACUCCAAAUAUACAUGGCUGCCCUCGUCACCAAAAGUUGAUCAUAUGGGAUUUGCGAAACAGGACUUAUGUAAAACUAAACGAGAUUGCAACAAAGACGAAUGCUGUGCGUUCGUUAAGACGAAAAGCGUAAAAGUAUGCAGAAAAGUCCGAUUAUUUGGAGAGACAUGCAAUCCAUACGAAAGGCCUGGACUUCCAGAAGAGUGCUUCUGUCAUCAGGGACUGACCUGCAGGCGCUUUGCGAGCGAAGGUUUCAGAUGUCUGAAGAUUAUUACCAGCUCACAAGAUGGAGAACACGAAGAAGAGUAAAGUGGUCGCUUUUUUAAUGAUAAU